UUAAGUUUAGAGGCAGACGUUCUUGGCUCGGACGCAGCGCUCAUGUCAGGAUUAGGAGCCGGGGACGCGGGACCAACCGGUGAGCUGCAGGAUCACGAGCCAGAUUCCCUCCCCGGACAGGUGUGACAUCAUCAUCCCUACUCCCAGCCUGACCUGACCACCACCCGCCAUGCAUCUCCUCGCCGCCCUGUGCCUCCUGCUGCUCCUCCGGUUAGCCGAGCCCCGCGGAGGAAACCCAGAGUGGGUCCAUACGCGGGGCAAAGGCAGAGCCGGCGUUGUUAGGCGUCAAACUCAGGAGUGUAAGGAGUACAUGGAAGCAGGGGAGAAGUACCUGGACUGCCAAGAUCGACAGUUGACCAACGUGAUGCAAGACUGGCCCAAAGAUAUCCACCACCUGCUGCUGGCCAGGAAUAAAAUCCAGGUUCUGAGGGACAACAUGUUCUCCCAGUUCACCCAGCUAAAGAGCCUGGACCUCCAGCAGAAUGACAUCUCCAUGGUGGAGGAACGAGCCUUCAGCGGUUUAUCCAAACUCAGGACUCUCCUCCUGCAACACAACAGCUUGAAAACGGCCUCAGACGAGGUCCUCCUCCCCAUGCCCCGCCUCACCUACCUCCGUCUCUAUGACAACCCAUGGAGUUGUUACUGCCCGAUGGAUAGUCUGAUUAGGACCCUGCAGGUGCCUACCAACCGCAACCUGGGGAAUUACGCCAAGUGCGCCGAGCCCCUUUCGUUGAGGGGCCAGAAGCUGAAGAAGCUGAACGUGGAUGCGUUGUGUGCAGCUGACAAUCAGGUGGACGGUACACGGCCAAAGCCAUCCAUCAUCAACAAGCCAAUGGCGACAUCCAUGUGCCACACCUACAUGUUCCCCAAACCUCUGCUGGACUGCAGCAACAAAGAUCUAACUAACAUCCCGCCUGACCUGCCUUCCGACAUCGUGAAAAUGGAUCUUUCCGGAAACAACAUCAAACACCUCAGGCCCAAGCAGUUCCUGCUGUCCAAAGACCUCAAGCUGCUCAACCUCAGCAGCACCAGCCUGAACCACAUCGACACAGGUGCGUUUGCAGGCCUGCUCUACCUCCGCGAGCUUGACCUGUCCAACAACAGCCUCCAUUAUUUCCACUACGGCGUGCUGGAAGAUCUCUACUUCCUGCGAAAGCUCUCACUGGGCAACAACCCGUGGAUCUGCGACUACAACAUCCACUACCUGAUCUAUUGGCUGAAGCUGCACCCUAGCGUGGUCUACACGGGUCUCAAAUGCUCUGAGCCGCAGGAGUUCCGCGGUUGGCGCGUGGAGGACUACGUGAAGACCUACAAUGGGGAGUGUCCCAAGGAUAGACAGACAGGAGGCGGGGACACGGGCCAGGGGGGGCAGGAAGGGAACGAGAAUGAGGCGCAAGAGGCGGUGGGGGAGACCGAAGAAGGGGUCCGGCCGCGACCCUUGAAGGAGAAGAAGCCAAAUAGGUUUGAGAUUAUCAGGUUGAGUUAGUAUGCAUGCAUUAGAUGGGAGUGUAGUCCGGGAUGUUUUUUUUUUUUACUCUGACAAUCAUUCAGGCUUUAUGACACAAUGUCCUUUUUUAUCUGUAAAUAAAAAUGGAAGUCCCUCUUGCUGUUUAUCGAUAGGUUUAGUAGCCACAAAUCCAACACCGCCCCCAGCUGCUCAAAACUAUGAACUACAGGUGCUUUAUCUCUCAAUUGUCUUUGUGUAUUGAUGGAUGAAUGGUAAUUUAGAUAAGAUGUUUUGGAAAUAAAGUUGUGUC